UUUGCUUACAGGCAGCUGAAGCCAACAAACUCCUUUAACAACACAGCAAGCCUCUUUUACCAGCAAGCUAGCUAGCAGUCGCUUCGGUGCCAUCAGCUAGCGACCAUGCAGUACGCGGCGGCGGAGCAGGCGUGGUACAUGCCGGCGGCGCCGAUGGCGGAGAGCGCGGUGGCGCGCGUGGAGCGGCUGGCGUCGGAGAGCGCGGUGGUGGUGUUCAGCGUGAGCAGCUGCUGCAUGUGCCACGCCGUGAAGCGGCUCUUCUGCGGCAUGGGCGUGCACCCGACGGUGCACGAGCUGGACCUCGACCCCCGGGGGCGCGAGCUGGAGCGCGCCCUGGCGCGACUCCUCGGCUACGGCCCUGCCGGCGCGCCCGUCGUCCCCGUCGUCUUCAUCGGCGGCAAGCUCGUCGGCGCCAUGGACCGCGUCAUGGCCGCGCACAUCAACGGCUCGCUCGUCCCGCUCCUCAAGGAGGCCGGCGCGCUCUGGCUCUAAGCUGGGCCUCCAUCGCCACCAUCGCCAUUGGCAGCCCGCACGUGACAAGAAGCUAGCUAUAUACGUCGUCGUAGCUUCCGUUGUUCCUGCUUUGCUUUGCUGUUGCAGAACUACUUGAUAUCACUGCUUGCUGCUAAUCAAUUAAACAAAGAUGAAAGCCGAUAGGAGGAUAUAUCCACACGUUGAUCGAUCUUACGUAGAUCAGUGAACGAGUGCGUGUGUGUGCAAGAGAGGCUGGUACCGUGUGUGUUUUUUCCCCCACUACUGCCUCCGUCCGUGAUAUGUUGUGUUGUGCCGGCGCGUGCAUGUGCUGUUUGGCGCAUGCGCUGGAUUUGCUUUGCUUGGAGCUACUGAAUUGCUACGUACUGUGCCUUUUCAA